AUGACGCGAGCUCUGCGAGACUACGACGCGAGCUGCGAGACUACGACGCGAGACUACGACGCGAGCCGCGAGACUACGACGCGAGCCGCGAGACUACGACGCGAGCCGCGAGACUACGACGCGAGACUACGACGCGAGCUGCGAGACUACGACGCGAGACUACGACGCGAGCUGCGAGACUACGACGCGAGCUGCGAGACUACGACGCGAGCUGCGAGACUACUCUGCGAGACUACGACGCGAGCUGCGAGACUACGACGCGAGCUGCGAGACUACUCUGCGAGACUACGACGCGAGCUCUGCGAGACUACGACGCGAGCUCUGCGAGACUACGACGCGAGCUCUGCGAGACUACGACGCGAGCUGCGAGACUACGACGCGAGCUGCGAGACUACUCUGCGAGACUACGACGCGAGCUGCGAGACUACGACGCGAGCUGCGAGACUACGACGCGAGCUCUGCGAGACUACGACGCGAGCUCUGCGAGACUACGACGCGAGCUGCGACUCUUUUUUGCUAGAGCAGAGGUUCUCAGUUUUAGAGGCCAGGCACGUUAAGGAGCUUCAUGGUCUUCAGAGGGAGAGACAGCAGCUGCAGGACAUGCUGGAGAGACAGAGGUGCCUGGUCACCCAGCUACAGGGAGAGCUGGGGACCUCCACACACAACAGCACACUACUGCAGAAACAGCAGGCUAUACUGACUGACACAGUGCAGCAGCUGCUAGCCAUGGUCACCCACUGCAAUGAUAUACCCAGUACACCCAAAGAGGAGCCAGUGAUCUUCAGAAACUGUGCUGAAAUCUUCAGAUCUGGGCUCACAGAGAAUGGUGUCCACAGCAUACGACCCCCCAACUCUACCCACACAGUUAAGGUGUUCUGUGAUAUGAAGACGAGAGGUGGGGGCUGGACCGUGCUGCAGCAUCGUAGAGACGGAGCUGUGGAUUUCCACCGUGGAUGGAAGGAUUACAAGAUGGGUUUUGGGGAUCCCUCGGGAGAGUACUGGGCAGGAAAUGACCUCAUCCACCUGCUGACCAGCUCCCAAGAGUACAGUCUCCAGGUGCAGCUGAAGGAUGCUGAGGGGAACGAAGCUUACUCCCACUACAGUCACUUCUAUAUAGACGCAGAGAACAAAAACUACAGUCUCCAUGCCCAGGGAUUCAGUGGUAGUGCUGGCCGCACCAGUAGUCUGACCCACCCUGGGACCCAGUUCAGCACCAAGGACCGAGACAACGACCGCUGCUCCUGCAAGUGCGCCCAGAUGGCUUCUGGAGGUUGGUGGUUUGAGGCGUGUGGUCCCUCCAACCUGAACGGUAUCUACUACGCUGGCGUCUCCAACGUGGUCCGCUACAACGGCAUCAAGUGGUACUACUGGAAGGGACCGAGCCUCAUGACUACCGUGACUACCAUGAUGGUUCGACCCGCAGGCUUCUGAGGCAUAACGCCGGCGAUCGCCGAUGACGUCAGCGGGAAGCGACUGAUGACAUCACCCUGACUGACUAAAUUACUGACUGAUGAGCGAUUCUGGAAUAAUGACGUUUGACAGAAAUACGGAAUAUGAUAUUUGAGUGGAGAUUUUUAGACGUUUUUUUUCUGAAAUGUUUUCCGUUUUAGAAAUGUUUCCCGCUGAAAUGGCGCAGUGGCUUACACCGUAAAUGUGUGUUUUAUAAUGUGAUUGUACAUAUAUUGUGGAUGCAUAAUGGUAUUGUCACGCCCUGACUUUAGUUAUAUUUGCUUUCUUUAUUAUUUGGUUAGGUCAGGGUGUGACAAGGGUGGUUUGUUUAGUUUUGUCUUGUCUAGGUUUUUUGGUCAUCUAUGGGGAUUUGCAUUGUCUAGGGGUAUGUAGGUUUA